AUGCGUCAUUUACUAUAGAUGAAAAGGGAAAGCCUUCUAGCAACCACGGCAGUCUGAAACUGGAAUUCAGAAGCACAGUUGGUUUGGGGGGACUUCUGUGCAACCAACACAAAGACGCAGGUGCACCGUAUAUCAGCUUGGGCGCACAUUUGCAGGACCUAAAUCUCAGAUUUUAACUGGAUAUCCAAAAGCUUACUUAAACCAUGGAAUAAUAACCGUACAGUUGCUUGCACUUUACCUUCAGUUUCAAAUCAAGCUCCGCAACAGAAUUUCGCGAGCAUCUCUCUGUGCUUGGAAAGUGCAGAAUGCACCGUGCUUUCUGAUUGUCUUAUUUUAUCCCAGCAAUGAUCCCCCAGCAGCAAAAUCAUGUUGUUGCUACUAUUGAAAACAUUCCUGCUGAAAGCAUUACAGCGUCACCUUCGGUGCUCCAGAGGAUAAGGAACGUCUUUAACAGGGAGCUGUUGCUGUCUCUGGCUCUGGGCCAGGUUCUGUCACUGCUGAUCUGUGGCAUCAGCCUGACGAGCAAGUACUUGGCAGAUGAUUUCCAAGCCAACACUCCUGUCUUUCAAAGUUUUCUUAACUAUAUCCUUCUGUUCCUGGUCUACACUACCACAUUAGCUGUGAGACAAGGAGAAGAAAACUUAUUGGCAAUAUUGAAAAGAAGAUGGUGGAAGUACAUGAUCCUAAGCUUGAUAGAUAUAGAAGCCAAUUACCUGGUAAUCAAAGCUUACCAGUACACCACACUGACAAGUGUGCAGCUGCUAGACUGCUUUGUUAUCCCUGUGGUGCUGUUACUGUCCUGGUUCUUCUUGCUGGUGAGGUACAAAGCUGUUCACUUCAUCGGAAUCGGAGUGUGCCUGCUGGGGAUUGGCUGCAUGGUGGGGGCUGACGUGCUGGCUGGAAGGCAGCAGGGGCUGGGAGAACACAAGCUCCUGGGAGACCUGUUGGUGUUGGGUGGAGCCACGCUGUACGGCAUCUCCAAUGUGUGCGAGGAGUUCAUUGUGAAGAACCUCAGUCGGGUGGAGUUUCUAGGAAUGAUUGGACUCUUUGGGUCUUUCUUCAGUGGCAUACAGUUAGCUAUAAUGGAACAUAAGGAACUGUUAAGGGUACCAUGGGAUUGGCAAAUAGGGUUGCUGUAUAUUGGAUUCAGUGCCUGCAUGUUUGGCCUGUAUAGUUUCAUGCCAGUGGUCAUUAAAAGAACCAGUGCCACAGCUGUCAACCUCUCCCUGUUAACAGCAGACCUUUACAGUCUCUUCUGUGGAUUAUUCCUUUUCCAUUUCAAGUUUUCAGGUCUGUACCUGCUGUCCUUUUUUACCAUCAUCAUGGGAUUGAUAUUAUACGCCUCCUCUUCAACCUACGUCGCCCAGGACCCUCGGGUCUACAAGCAGUUCCGCAACUCCUCAGGACCUGCGACAGACACCCCAGCCACAGGGCCGCUGGAGCCAGCCGUCACCUACACCAGUCUGGGGCAGGGGACUGAAGAGGAGCCCCGCGUUCGAGUGGCUUGAGCUGGAGGGGGGGCAAGGGGGCAAGGGGGCACUGCCUUUAUCAACUGUGACCCACUCUCACUGUAUAUAGAGAAAGGAAUUUGCUAGCUGAACAACAGGAAUGAAAAAAAGAAAGAACAAAAAUUGAAGGAAUACACUAUGCGUUCAGACAUUGCCUCAUGCCCAGGUUGUAGAACAGUUUCUUGUUUUUACAGCAGCUUUUUAGAUUUUUUUUUUUUUUUCUGUUGGUUUUUGAUGGUAUUCGUCUGAUACAUUUAUACAGAUGCAGAAAGAUAAAGGCUGUUGGAAUUAGGAAACCUGGUUUAGAAAAUAUGCCUGUUUUAGAACUGAGAACUGAAACCACUGAAGUAAUAAUGUCACAGUGAUACAAUAUAUCUUCAAAAAUACACUACAUGCAUGCCAAAGGUAGGACCCGGUCUCUAGCAGCCAAAUUGUGAAAUUACUUUCUCUAAAUACAGUGUAACCUAAAAAUGUUCACCCCUGUAUUGUUUCUUUUUAUAUUUACAUUCAUCCAUAUUGUGUACAUUUUUGGUAUUUAUUCUUGUAAUGCUCCUUUGUUUUAUGUUGUUUAUUAUCACUAAUUUUAGAUGUAUGUUGUUCUUAUAUGUGUACCCACAUCGGUCAGGUCAUUCUGUUGAUAUAUAUUUUUUUUUUAUUGGUUGGCAAUUGACCGAUGGUUUAAAAGUACCACCUACAACACUGUUUUAUAAGUGCACAUUUUAAUGUUCCACAAUGCCUACUCCGUGUUGAGUUUUGAACCCCACAGCAGAUGUUGAGGCUUAAAUAAUUUGUAAACGAUUGCAUAGGGUAUCCCAAGUAUUUAUGUGAGGGACACGCAGUGCUCUAUCUGCUGUUCUUUAACAGUGAGUAAGUCCACAUUUUGAAUACGUCUAUUAGACACAGAUCGUAUGGGGCUGUAAAAAAAAAAAAGAUUCCCUGACUAUACAGCGAAUGCCCCACAUACAGAAAAAUCAACAUUUUGGUGUUACCAUGUAGACUAUAUAAUAAACCAUACCUCAUCACACGAGUGCAGAUACGCAAUGCUAUCAAUAUUCUGGUUUUGACAGACUCAAUCAAUGUGCAAUGUGGCGUGUAUUUUAGCCAUAAAAGGCAUCUCCAUUUUCUAUGUCAAAUUUUCAUUUUAUGUCAAAAGGUCUCCCAUUGGAGUUCAAGGUAUACAUUCCAGCUAAUAAAUAUGUUAUAUAAUAAUAAUUAAACUCAUAUAUCACUAUACAAGGCACUCAAUAUUUGCACCACUGUGUAAUUAAGAAAGGUUAUUGUCUAGUUUAGAUCAUUCUAACUUGUGCUAUUAACAUUUAGACAAGUGUGCAGUGCUUACCUUUUGUUGUUCUAACCAUUUAGUAAUCUUCAUAAAUAGCUAUGACAACAAACUGUACCCCAUGGGUAAAAAGUCUUUGGUUGAUAAAUCUGUCUAGAGCAUACUUAACUCAAGACUGCAAAUGGAAAUGAAAAACCAAAAACUGCACAUUUUCAGUGAAAAAAUAAUAAUAAUAAUAAUAACAAUAAAAAAAAUAAACAUUACCUUUUGAUAUCUGCAUGCUGUUAAUGGACUGGCUGUGGUAAUGUAAUACCUGUAAGAUGUUUUCAAAUAAAUGCUUUAUGAAACCUAA